GGUAAGAUACAUGGCGUCCCAGUAGGCUGCUCACAUACCCAGUGACCAGCCAUAUAUUGUAGGCUUUACCCACAGUGUCUCGCUAUCUGUUACAGUCAUCAAUGAUUCUCAAGGCUGUGUUGGUCGGGGUGUUGGCAGUGUUGGCUGUGGUGACCGCUGAACCUCGCUACGCCAGACCUGGAGAUCACGAGCCAGCUGGUGGAGCCAGAGCUGUGCCAGACAGGCUAGCUCGUCGUGUAUGUUACUAUGAGACCUGGGCCCGCUAUAGACCAGAGGAAGUCCAUUAUGACAUCGAAGACAUCCCUGCUGACCUCUGUACUCACCUUAUCUACUCCUUCUGUGGUGUGUCCAACGUCACUUGGGGGGAUGUCGUGGAUCCUGAGCUGGACAUCAAUGCCAAUGGGUACCGGCGCUUCGUGGCACUGAAGGAAAAGUAUCCUGACCUGAAGACAAUGAUUGCAGUUGGUGGCUGGGCUGAGGGAGGUAAAAAGUACUCUCAGAUGGUCGGCGUUGACGAGCGAAGACAAACUUUCGUCAGGAGUGUUGUUCAGUUGCUGACAGACUAUGGCUUUGAUGGAUUCGACUUGGAUUGGGAGUACCCCGGAGCGAUGGACCGUGGUGGUACUAUGGCUGACAAAGACAAUUAUCUGAAAUUAGUUCAAGAACUGAGAGCAGCAUUCGACUCAGUGGGAGCUGGGUGGGACCUGACAGCGGCCGUACCUAUUGCCAAGUUCAGACUGGAUGAGGGUUAUCAUGUACCAGAGCUGUGCAGCUUGCUGGACGCCAUCCACAUGAUGACAUAUGAUCUUCGAGGGAACUGGUGUGGCUUUGCUGAUGUACAUUCUAUGCUCUACCAACGACCUGAACUUGAUGAGUGGUCGUAUGAGAAGCUUAAUGACAACGAUGGAGUUCUUCUGUGGGAACAAUUCGGCUGUUACCGAGACAAGCUAGUACUGGGUACACCGUUCUACGGCCGUACAUAUACCCUCGGCAGUGCAGAUAAUAAUGGUCUUCAUGCCCCGGUCAAGAAGUGGGAGGGAGGUGGCAAGCCCGGACCGUAUACCAACGCUACCGGUACACUGGCAUACUUUGAGAUCUGCAAAAUGAUGGUGGAUGAUCCAGCUUGGGAAGACCGUUACGAUGAUAUUGGACUCGUUCCCUACACAACCAAGGAUGACCAGUGGGUUGGAUACGAGGACCCAGACAGUCUCAAGAUUAAGAUGGAUUAUAUCAAGGACAUGCAUCUGCUGGGUGCCAUGACCUGGGCCAUAGACCAGGAUGAUUAUUUGGGAUGGUGUAACAGAGGCAAGAAUCCCAUGAUGACAGUGAUCUACGAAGGUAUGAAGGACUACAUCGUACCUGUGUCACCAACCACCACACCUACUACCACGAGUCCUUGGUGGACACCACCAACAACCACUACCACAACCAGAGAUCCCAGUGCACCUACCACAAUCCCCACGACUACCACAACCAGGGACCCCAAUGCCCCAACAACCACUAUGGGCCCAAUAGACUGUUCUGUCCAGGACUACUGGCCUCACCCUGACUGUGAUAAAUAUUACUGGUGUUUCGACGGAGUGCCACACCUGGAGGAGUGUCCUGAAGGUACCUACUGGAGCCAGGCUAAUAAGAUAUGUGACUGGCCACAGAAUGUGGACACCUCUGACUGUAACAUGCCAGCAGGCAAGACUCACACUAGACAAAAUCAUGUUCAACCACCUGUGAAGCCAGCUGCUCACCAGCCUGUGAAGCCAGUUGCUCACCAGCCUGUGAAGCCAGUUUCUCACCAGCCUGUGAAGCCAGCUGCCCACCAGCCUGUCAAGACUGUUCCUCAUCCUCCUGCCCAGCACAAAAUAGUUAAUGCAAUUCCUGUGGCCACGGCUGAAAAAAUCCCUCUAAUUAUAAAAAAGUUAAGGAAUCAGCUUCCUUAGAUCUUAUAGAGUAUAAAAAAUAUCAUAUCAGGAGAAACUUAUAAAAAUAUUUACGUUAUGGUCUAUAAAAAACUAAUUCCGAUCAGGGCAAAAAAUAAUAAUUAAUCUUUUACAA